AUGGACCCGCGACGCGCCCUCGCCCGCGCGCGCCACCCCCCAGACGCCAUGUGUCCCGACGCAGACGCCGAAAAUCGCCAGCCGUCCACCCUCGUCCAGCCACUCGGUGCUUUUCUCCUUCCGCCGCCACCACUCAGGAAACAGAGGAGGGCCCUGAGCAGAAGAAGAAGGAAGGGGGAAGAAGAGAGCGAUUGCCACCGCAGCGCGACGCCGCCGACUGACACCAGGCCAAGGAAGAGGAGGACGCCAAGGGGGAAGGGAAGAGAGAGGAGGGGAGGUUCACUGCCACCGCGUCGAGCGCAGAGGAGGACCACGCCGCUGGAGUUACCUCGCGCCGACGCCCGAACGACCACGCUGAGGUCCCAGAGCGGCACUACACGGCCGCGCCCUCGCCUGCAUCACCUCUCCACUGUGCCGAGUCCCUUCGUCCUCGAGCCCGCCGGUCCCUAUGAGAAGGAGCUGAUCGACGCCCCGGACGCCCAGAAGACCCAGGAGGAUGACCCAGACUAUGAGAAGCCCCUGAGACCCCGGAGGACUAUGAAGAGUUACCAGGAUUCAACUCGUGGAUCAAGCCCGAAGAUGAAGGAUGAAGCUAAGGACGAUUCGAGCUACACUCCGAGCUGCCUGUGGAGAGGAGACAUCAAGACGGAGAAUGCCUAGAGGAAUAGCUACCGCUCCCGACUUCUGAUUGUUUUCCUUUAGCCCAAAGUGGCUUCUACUCUGAUUUUCGUACCACAACCCUCUGGGUUAUGUAAUAAAUAAAUUCGUGUAAUGAAUUUCAUCGCUAUAUGUCUGUGAUAUCUAAUUGAAAUGAGUUCUGUAUGUGAUAGCUA